CCAGUGAGCGUGUACUUGUACGCUCUGUGAAUAGGUCCGCCAAACUCUAAGCGGAAGCUGUUUAUAUACUUAUGUCGUCUGCUUCAGUGAAUUUCAAAGGCAAUUUUUGUGAGGGGAUGAAUAACUUGGAUUUACUUAAGUUUGAACAGUGAAACUUUAUGAGGUAUUGACAGCGUGUUUGUUUAACUUCACGUCUUCAUUUUCUCUAUCUUUACAGUUGGUGUAGCUAUUGUCAGGAGGCGUUUCUUUGUCCAGUUUUAUUGUCGUAAGUUAAUGGUGGAUUUGUCGAGGAGGAAUAUCUUACUUCUGCUGAGUUCUGUCACAUACAGUGUCCGAUUCACAUGGUCUGUACGUCCGCUGAAACGGACACAAGACAGGAGAAAAAACACUGGAAUAUAAUGACGAAAAUGUUUGUUGUUUUUCUAUAAGUUGUGAUAUACAGACAUGCUUAAAAUAGUGGAAAGACUAAUAGCCCAGAUGGAAGAGUAUGUGGGCAGGAAUGAAAUGCUUGGACAUAGCUAAUUGCAUUCCUGGAAUUCCAUUCUGUGAGAAAAGAAUGCAAUUUAUAUAAGCAUUAUCUUAUAAACAACAGGAGACCCAUUACUGAUAGAGGAAUACGGAGAUUUCCCCCAGUGUGUAUCUUUGUGUGUCUAUAAAAAGGAAAUUACUUUAUAUACAGGUAGAGACAAAGUGCAACUCAGUAAACCUUCCGUUAAUGAGGAAGAUUCGGAUAUAAUAACAGAUAUCAAAGUUUUAAUUAUGAACAAAUAUUUUAUCAGCUCCGACUAGAGAUAUUACCGCUCUCUGGACACAUUACUACUCCUCAUGGAUUUGGAUCCCGUUCCUAGGAAUACAACUGAUUAAUACAUCAAUGACGCUCGCCAUACAUACAUGUCUAUACAUACUGCUGACAUGUCACGUGGUAGUAGCUGACUAUUGGUCAAUAUGGACAGAAUGGAGCGAAUGUUCCCGCACGUGCGACUCCGGGGCGGCCUACCAGCUAAGACGUUGCCUGCGCAGUAGGAGGUUUGCGCGAGGUUGUGAUGGGGAGCAUAUCCGUUACUCGACAUGUAAAACUCAGGAAUGUCCUCGUGGGAGUGUGGACUUCCGGAUGCAGCAAUGCGCCGCGCACAAUGAUGAUCGACAUAUGGUGACCGAUCUGAAGUGGGUUCCCUACCAUGAUUCGACAAGCCCCUGUGCCCUUUAUUGUCAGGCUGUGGGUUCGAAUACUAUUCGGAAGUUCAGUCCGAAAGUCCUUGACGGAACGCGAUGUCAAAAUGAUGUUCUGGAUAUCUGUAUUAAUGGGAAAUGUUGGCCUGUUGGUUGUGAUAAGGUCCUUGGCUCCAAGAAAUACAUGGACUCGUGUGGAGUGUGUGGUGGCAAUAACUCGUGUUUAUCUCAGACCGGAAACACGUGGUACAGAUGGAUCAAUACCGGAUAUGGACCUUGUUCGGAGACCUGUGGUGUAGGUUACCAAGAACGCCGUGUAGCUUGCCAAGACACGAGAACCAGACGAUUAGUAAACAGCCAAAAUUGUCGCGGAAGUGACGUCAUCGCACCGGUCCGACAGCAAUGUAUCAACAGGAAAUGUUUGCCAAGCUGGCGUGUCGGACCCUGGUACGACUGUACUCAGACGUGUGGUGGCGGGUUUGCAUGGCGGACCGUCAUUUGUGUGGACACAUUUAUAGACGGUACACAGAGAGUGUUGACGGAUACAGAGUGUCCGAACCCCAAACCUUCCACCAGGAAAUCGUGUGGGAAUACUCUAUGUCCGAAAUGGUACGCGGGAGAAUGGACGCCGUGUAGCGUUUCGUGUGGGCCAGGAUUCCAAGAUCGAGAUGUCGUGUGUCGACAUAUCGGGAUCCAGUUUUGCCCUGCUGAUAGAAAGCCUGUCACCAGAAAGAAUUGCUCAACUAAUAUACCAUGUUCUUCACAAAAUGAUGAUAUACAGGAGGCAUAUGACGGAGAGCAGCGGGAUUCUUUUUACACCAGUGACGUCAUCUAUGACGACAAUAUAGACACACAGCGGUUAGGGGUCCCGAGGUUUGUGGUUAGUCACUGGGGACCCUGUAGCGCCACCUGUGGGAAGGGAGCCCGGUUCCGGUUUGUCCGCUGUAAGGUGUACCUGUCCUUCCUGGACACCGUCACGGAUCUCUCGGACUCCGACUGCCAAGACGUGAAACCGGCGGAAAGUGGACCGUGUGAAGGAGACCCCUGUCUCGAUCACUACGAAUACCGCGCCAUCGGCGAGACCGAAUGCAGCAGAAGUUGUUUGGGAGGCGUAAAAGAAUCUAUUCUCCGAUGUGUCAACAAGUUUACUGACGAGAUAUCACCGGAAAGGCUCUGUGCAGAAGCGGAAGCGAUCCCAAUAGAAAGAAAGGUGUGCAAUGACUUUCCAUGCCCACAAAGGUGGAAAGUUGGCUAUUUCCAGCGUUGCUCCGCGACGUGCGGAGGAGGGUUCAUGUUACGGAAUGUCACGUGUGUUCAGGAAUUCGCUUCCGGUAGGAACAACAUUCUAAAUCUUCCAGACUUCAUGUGCGAUCAGCCAACUCCUCCCCGGCGUCAGCAUUGUAAUCGUAUCAAUUGCCCGGCGAAAUGGGUGGUCAGCAACUGGUCAGAGUGUUCCAUAUCCUGUGGUUUUGGCCUCCGGUCACGUGACGUGUUCUGCGUGAAGGAGCUGUCCGAUGGACGAACAGUCAAUGUUACUUAUGACGAGUGUUGGAACAUCCUUCAGCCGGACAGAUUUCAACAGUGUAACCGCACAAAAUGUCCGACGCCAAAAAUUAAAACGGUUGAUGCCGUAUUUUUUCAACUGAAUAAAAUAAAAAGAAUUCGCCUGAGUGUGGGGAUGAAGGCGUCGGUGUUGCCAGGGACGACAGUAAUUAUAAAAUGUACCGCAAAGGGGGUAAACAAAAAGGCGAUACAGUGGCUCAAAGACGGACGUCGGUUUUACAUGACGUCACGAGUGAAAUUAACACAACGUUAUGCUUUAAAAAUAAGGAAAAGUCGACCGGAAGUUGAUUCUGGUGUCUAUACUUGUAAAUAUGGUAAAGUGCGUGCAAAUAUGACGCUUCUGUUCAGUACAGUUUACGAUCUUUUCCAAGAAACGGUUAUCCGAGAAUCAUACCUUUCGGAAAUGCUUGCGGAAACACGUGCAGGAAACAUGACAACAUUUCAAAAGGAUCCGCUGGAUCGGACUAUACGACCAUUGUACCUCGUGGAAGUUCCUUGGAGCGCAUGCUCAGCCACGUGCGGUGGUGGACUACAAAAUAGGAAUGUCUCUUGUGAAAUUAUUACCAAUGACUAUUAUGAAAUGUUUCCGAUGCGGACCUGCAUCAAGGCUGGAUAUCCUAAACCGGAACUUAUACGUAGUUGUAAUCUCGUGCCUUGUACAUUUUGGAAAGUCGGUGAUUGGUCAGAGUGUCUACACACAAAGUGCACGAGGACCAUGUUCUCGUUGAUGGAGAGAACUGUGACGUGUGUGUCAGAAGAAGAUGAAACAGUUCCAAUCAAUUCGACCUACUGCGAAGGGCCGAUGGCGGGGCCACAUCCCAUCAGGGAAUGUAUCAACGUCAACUGCACCGCUAGGUGGAACACGUCCACGUGGUCAGACUGUAUGGGUGAGUGUGGAAAGAAAGGUUUCAGAGCUAGGAUGCUGAACUGUAUAUGGUCGAACUCGGGACUGCCAGCCAUGCGUCAUUGUGAAGGGGUCCGCCGACCGAGAACGAGAAAACCUUGUCUUAAAAAGUGUUCUGUGGAGUGUACCGAUGAAUCCGACUACUGUAGUAUUGUGAAGAUCAUGCGACUGUGUAACAGUGGUAGUUUCCGGACAAAGUGCUGUAGGACCUGCUCAUAACCAAACGUAUCUUCUGUCACGUUUGUUAAUCAAUAUUUAUUUACCACCACUCAUCAAACUUUGUUGUAUUCCAACGAUGCCGGAAAUAUUUUAUUCUAUUGUUUUUAAUGCUGUUAAAUAUUCUUUGUUAUGUGAGUGAUGACGUAUCUGUCGAUGGAGACUUGGCACAAAGUUCCAACCUCCACGGUCCAUGUGGUUGUUAAAAAGAUGAAGAGAAUAUGCCUUAAAUUUUCAAAAAUUCGAUAAAAGAUACUAGGGUUUUCUUCAUGUAAUGGUUCUGACUGAUUCAUUAUGUAGACAAUUCUAUCACACAAGUAACCUAUGUCUGUAAGCACUCGCAAUAACUGCAUCUUAUUACACUAAUAUGGCUCCUGAAAUUGCAAAAA